UGCAUUCUGUCCGCACAAAUUUUUCCUCAACUCCGCUUCUCAGCUAAUAUCCUAAUUUCAGUGAUUCUUAAUGUUGUAUACAACAGGGGGAAGGUGGCAGGCGUCUGACUGGGAAAAGUUGUAAAUUGUUUUUGUCUCUUGUGUUUGUGUCUUGUUGUGUUGUGUGUGGGUGUGUGUGUGAAGACGGGGAGAGUGACAGAAAAUGGGGGCGUGGUUAUGAAGGGUAUUGGGUCUGGAGCGGCUCUUCCACGCAGUAGUCUACACGCAUUUGACGUCCAAUGCUCGGACUGGGAGGAUCCGUUCCAGCCUUCAACCGUGUAACAUUAAUCACCGAUUCUACUUAACGAGGUGAGCCUUUGGCUCCGAGCGUGCUAGCCAAUAGCAAUGCACCACCCAAGCAAUCCCACAAGCAGUACGUUGCACCUGGUUGCUGCGGAUAUGAGUGAAAUCAUGGAGAAUCUGGACACACGUGAGCUGGACCUAGCAGAUGGGGAAUAUGACACUACUGAUUCUAAACCUCCAGAGGAGCGACAGGGUUUUGCAUCCAUCUACAAUACUGUGGGGUUUAAGGAAGCAGAAGGCAAGGUGUUCCUCUCCUCACCCAUCACUGCGAAGAUUCUAGCCGUGGAGAGAUUUACCUCAGCGCAAGACCGCUUUAAUAUUACCACACAGCGCAGCGUCAACAAGAGUCUUCCUGCAGUGUUUAAGAUUGAGCUGAGACAUGGAGAGUUCGUCUGGGUGGUCAAGAGAAAGGAGAAACACUUCAUGGAGCUCCACAGGGAGCUGCUGCGAUACAAGACCUUCAUGAGGAUACCUCUACCAUCUCGCAGCCACACAGUGAAGAGACAUAGUGUUUACAAGUCAGAGAUCAGGGCCAUGCCCAAUCUACCAAGGGGAGGUGGGGACGAGCUAGUGCGGGAAGAACAGGUGUCAAGCAGGAGGAAAGCGUUGGAGGAUUACCUGAACAAGCUGCUGAAGAUGCCUAUGUACAAAAACUACCAUGCUACAAUGGAGUUUAUAGACGUGAGUCAGCUGUCCUUCAUCCAUGACCUGGGUCCUAAAGGCCUGGAAGGGAUGGUGCACAAGCGUUCUGGCGGACAUCGCAUCCCGGGACUGAACUGCUGUGGUCACAGCAAGAUGUGCUAUCGCUGGUCCAAACGCUGGUUGGUGGUGAAGGACUCAUUCCUCCUCUACAUGAAGCCAGACACAGGAUCCAUUUCCUUUGUUCUCCUGGUGGAUAAGGAGUUCAGCAUCAAAAUGGACUCCAAAGACACAGAGACCCAACAUGGAGUACGUAUCGACACCCUUUCCAGGUCCCUGGUAUUGAAAUUCAACAGCUACAGACAUGCUAGGUGGUGGGGUCAGGCCAUUGAGGGCUUCGUCAAGAAACAUGGCUCCGCCUUCCUGACCGACCAUCGCUUUGGCUCCUUCGCCUCCCCAAAGCACAACAUCCCUGCCAAAUGGUAUGUGAAUGGGAAAACCUACAUGGAGGAUGUGGCUGAUGCCCUGGAGGAAUCCAAAGAGGAGAUCUUCAUCACUGACUGGUGGCUGAGUCCCGAGAUCUUUAUGAAGCGUCCCGUUGUCGAGGGAAACCGCUGGCGCCUUGACUACAUCCUUAGACGCAAAGCGCAACAGGGGGUUCGUAUCUUUGUGAUGCUUUAUAAAGAGGUGGAGCUUGCUCUGGGCAUCAACAGUGAAUAUAGCAAGAGAACACUGAUGCACCUACAUCCCAAUGUCAAGGUGAUGCGUCACCCAGACCAUGUCUCAUCCUCCGUCUACCUGUGGGCGCAUCACGAGAAGAUCGUUGUCAUCGACCAAUCAGUGGCCUUCGUGGGAGGGAUCGACCUGGCGUACGGCCGCUGGGAUGACAGAGAGCACCGCCUGACGGACGUGGGGAGUGUCACGCGCUCUGUGGCACUGGAGCAGGUGGAAGGUCCCCCCUUAAAUAAUGGUUUGGCCCCUAGCAACGGGCACGGUGCUGCCUCCAUGGUGACGGACUCGAUGGACCAGCCCAAGUUGAAGGGGCAGGGGAGGAUCCGGAGGUCUCGCUUCAGCCUGAAAAGACACCUGCAGAAACAUGUACUGGCCCACGCCGACUCUGACAGUGUGGAGAGUUUAGAAGAGAAAACCGGCUCCGUUCAGAGCUUGCAAACAGAAGUAGGAGGAGUCGGAGAGCUGGUCGGAAACACGAGGUUCUGGCACGGGAAAGACUACUGCAACUUUGUGUACAAAGACUGGAUCCAACUGGACAAGCCCUUUGACGACUUCAUCGACAGACACACCCACCCCAGAAUGCCGUGGCACGACAUGGGCUCCGUGGUGCAUGGCACUGCCGCCAGGGAUGUGGCCAGACACUUCAUCCAGCGCUGGAACUUCUGCAAGAUAAUGAAACCUAAGUAUCGCUCUCUGUCCUACCCGUACCUGUUGCCCAAGUCACACACCACCGCCGGAGAAAUCAGAUACCAGGUGCCCGGCUGCAUCCCUGCAAAUGUACAGAUCUUGCGGUCGGCGUCUGACUGGUCUGCUGGUAUAAAGUACCCUGAGGAGUCCAUCCACAACGCCUACGUCCACGCUAUCAAGGCCAGCCAGCAUUACAUCUACAUAGAGAACCAGUUCUUCAUCAGCUGUGCUGAUAACAAACAUGUCUUCAACAAGAUUGGAGAUGCCAUCGCUGAACGCAUCAUCAAGGCCUAUAGGGAGGGCAAGCGGUUCCGUGUGUACGUGGUGACACCCCUGCUGCCGGGCUUUGAAGGAGACAUCAACACGGGUGGAGGCAGUGCCAUCCAGGCUGUCAUGCACUACAACUACAGAACUAUGAUCAGAGGAGACUGCUCCAUCACAUCCCAGCUGAAGAGAGAGAAGUGCCUGUUGUUUUGUGUGCGCGUCUCAGUGGACGACCAGUGGAUGAACUACAUCUCGUUCGCCGGUCUGAGGACCCACGCUGAACUGGAGGGACGCCUGGUCACGGAGCUCAUCUACGUCCACAGCAAGAUGCUCAUUGUAGACGACGACACCGUCAUCAUAGGUUCGGCCAACAUCAAUGACCGCAGCAUGCUGGGAAAGCGCGACAGCGAGGUGGCGGUGGUCGUUGAGGACUCCGAGACUGUUGCCUCUGUGAUGGAUGGACAGAAGUACCAGGCCGGUCGCUAUGCUCUGACCCUGCGCCUGGAGUGUUUUAGGACUAUUCUGGGCGCCCACAAUGAUCUGACGAUAGAUGUGUCUGACCCUGUGAGUGAUCACUUCUACAAGGACAUUUGGAUGACCACCUGCGCUCGCAACGCCACCAUCUACCAGAAGGUGUUCCGGUGCCUUCCCUCCAGUGAUGUGAGGAGCAUUCUAGAACUGGAAGGGUACCUGGCAAAGCCGGGUUUGGAAAGGGAAGAUCCCACACGCGCACACGAGGAGCUGAAGAAGAUUCGCGGCUUCCUAGUCCAGUUUCCACUCUACUUCUUGUCCGAGCAAAAUUUACUUCCUCCGAUUGGCUCGAAAGAAGCCAUGGUCCCCAUGGAGGUUUGGACCUGAGAGAGAGACCGGAGACUUCACACCAGCACACACACACACCCUACACAUUCUACAUCCGGAUUAAUACGCUGAUUUGCAGUGUGUGCCUGAAAGCCAGACAGCACCUUCAUGUUUACAUAAGAAGGAGAAGAGUAGAGAGGAGGGAUUAAUGGUGUGACCUGACCCAGGCAUGUCUGUGUAUACCUGAAGGGUUACCAUUGUACUGUAAAUGACUCUGUGUGACGGUUCUUUACCAUUUACUAACACUAUGCAACACUAAGGGCUUAAAGAAUGCAGAUCAGGAACUUGUUGUGUAGAUAUUUAAAUGAAAACAAGCCAAGGCUUGAUGACACUGAUCUAAGACAGUAAAAGAGAGGGACAGAAAGGGCUGGAGAAAAAGCGCAACGACUGAUAUUGGAGGCAAAGAGACUUUUGGACUCUGGGAGGGAGGUGAGAGAGGAGGGUCUGAGCCCAUGCCAUGCAUCUCAGCUCGACAUCAACAUUUCUUUACCUUAACCCAAAUACACUAAAAAAAAAAUUGCAUGAGCUCAAUCCGAUCCGAUAUAUUUGGGUAGAUGGGAAACUUCACUGAGAUCGUGUUAAUGAAUUUUGGUUAGGUUACUGGUGAGUUGUCAAAGGGCCACGUGGUGCAUUCUGGGAAACUGUACGAACUAGAACUUUACAACUUAAAGGAGCAAAUGUCAAUUGGAUGCUAGCUCAUGGAACCAACAUAAGCACUAUAUAUAUUUUAGUUUUUUUUAAACAACUGUAUUUUUUUCAGAGACGUGUAACUUAUUAUUUGUAAUGUGGUAUGGUUUUGGAGUUGUGACAUUAUGUACAUUCAACUUUCUUGACUAUCCUGGUUCUCUACAAGGGAUUUCUGGUCGAUUAGCUUAGCAAAUGCAUGACGGCAUAAGACAACGUAAGCACUAUUGGUUAACACUGAUUGACAGGAGCGUAAUUCUUUGCUGCAUUAACUGACCAAUAAGAUUAACACCUCCACUUUUCUCUAAUAUCUCUAACUCAACACAAGUGCCAAUUAUUGAACAUGUUAAAGCAACAGACCUUCUAUCACAUUUCUUAUUCCUCAUUCUGCGGAUUCCAGAAUGUUACCUUAAUAACCACCCUUUACUAGUGUGGCUUUAGGUCUCUCUACAUGCCCGGACACUCUUUAAAAUAACAGUCCCCAAGAUCUCCCAUAUAUCCUUGUUCUGUAUGAUACUCUUAGCAUUCUAAUUCUUAGCAUUCAUAACUGCAUUUGCACAUUUAAAAUGAAAAAAUGUAAAGCAAUUGAGAUAUCGCCGCACGUUUAUGAUAACUUUUCAUACAGUCAUUAGAAAGCUAGCCGGGGUCGGCGCAUUUAAAACUAGGCCUGGUAUGUGUUUAGUUCAUACGCCACCUGGCAAUAAAUUACUGGACUGUGGUCACGAGCAAAAUACUCCUGACGAUUCUGGUACGAGAGGCGUUCUAGGGAGUAAUUUGUAGCUGUCUAGAGAGCAGAUAGUACCGACCAAAUCGCGACGUUGUUACUCUGUCUGCUGGUCUCCGUCUGUCCUUUUCUUUCUUCCCUCUCUCCCUUGUUCCAUUUCUCUGUUUUGUUUUAUGUUUCUCAGCCUGUUUUCUAUGAAUUUGCACGUUUUUGCACAGACUGUCCCGAAUAAGGAUCUAUGAUGUAUUAAAUUAUUUGUCCAUUGUUGAGAUGAAUAUUAACUAUUAAACGUAUCUGAUUUUC